CGCGGAGGAGAAAGACAACGCAGUGAACAAAACACACAAUGGCGACGGCGGCGACAACGGCAGGCGGAACGGGCUCAGGCGGACCGGCCACCGGCCAGGUCGGUGGCGGAACCGCAGUGGGACGUAAAAAGGACGGUGGCCCAUCCACGAAAUUCUGGGAAAGUUCAGAGACGAUAUCCCAACUGGAGACGGUGCGGCUCUGGAUUGGAAAGCACUACAAGAAGUAUGUCCAGAAUGACUCCCCCUCCAGUAAAUCCUUGGCGGGUCUGGUUGUCCAGCUGCUGCAGUUCCAGGAGGACGCAUUUGGACGCAGGGUUAACAAUCCUGCUCUUACCAAGCUACCUGCCAAAUGUUUCCUGGAUUUCAAGGCAGGAGGUGCUCUCUGUCAUAUCUUGGGGUCGGUCUACAAGUUUAAGAGCGAGCAGGGCUGGCGUCGAUUUGACCUACAGAAUCCCUCCCGGAUGGACAGGAACGUGGAAAUGUUCUUAAAUGUAGAGAAGAACUUGGUCCAGAAUAACUGCUUGACUCGACCCACUGUCUUCCUGUCAUCGGAUAUCGAGCAGAAACAGGCCAGUAAGCUCAAAGACAUCAUCAAAAGGCACCAGGGUUCCAUCACUGAUGACAAGUCAAAGGCCACCCACCACAUUUACCCUUCACCAUCCCAACAAGAGGAAGAGGAGUGGCUUCGUCCUGUUAUGAGGAAAGAUAAGCAAGUGCUGGUGCACUGGGGUCUCUACCCAGACAGCUAUGAUACCUGGGUAUCAGUCAGCGAGGUGGACGGUGAUGUGGAGGAUCCUCCAAGCACUGACAGACCCUGGAAGGUCCACGCCAAGUGGGUUUUAGACACAGAUGCCUUCAAUGAGUGGAUGAAUGAAGAAGACUACGAGGUAGACGAGAACAAGAAGCCUGUCAGCUUCCGCCAGAGGAUCUUCCCCAAGGAGGAGGAGUCUUCCCGUACACCCGAUCGCAAGGAGCGCAAGGCCAACUCCGCUGGAAAGAAGAGGAGGCGCUCGCCCUCGCCGCCCAGCACUCCCGUCGAGUCCCGCAAGAAGGGAGGAAAGAAGGGGAACCCUGGGCCUCACUGGAAGCGACGGGGCCACAGAGGCGAAGAGGAGGACACAGAGGAGGACAUGACCAAGGACAUGGACGACUCAUCAGCUGGUGCCAGCAUGGAGGAGGGAAGCAUGUCCAAGAACGCAAGUUCAAAGAAAGACAGUGAAAAUACUCCAGUGAAAGGAGGGAAUGUGGCCGACUUGGAUGACAUGGAGGAUGACUCUGUGCUGUCUGGUGGAAAGGACGAUGAGGAGCAAGGCAAAGCUGAAAUCAACCGGCUGAUGGACGCUAGUGAGGACAACGUGACCGAGCAGACUCACCACAUCAUCAUCCCCAGCUACGCCGCCUGGUUCGACUACAACUGCAUCCAUGAGAUAGAGAGAAGAGCCUUGCCUGAGUUCUUCAAUGGAAAGAACAAGUCCAAAACUCCAGAGAUAUACCUGGCCUACCGCAACUUCAUGAUCGACACGUACCGGCUAAACCCUCAGGAGUAUCUCACCUCCACCUCCUGCCGCAGGAACCUGACUGGGGAUGUCUGCGCCAUCAUGAGGGUUCAUGCGUUCUUGGAGCAGUGGGGUCUGGUGAACUACCAGGUCGACUCCGAGAGUCGCCCGCUGCCCAUGGGCCCCCCACCUACACCCCACUUCACGGUGCUGGCUGACACACCUUCCGGCCUCAUGCCCUUGAACCACCGACCCCCGCCGAUUCCUCCUCCACAGCAAAUGCCCAACUUUGCAGGCAAAGACAAAGACAAAGCCAUCGACCUGCAAAACUUUGGCCUUCGCACCGACCUCUACAAGAAAACCCUAAAGGGUAAACCAGUCACCUCCACCAGGGAAUGGACCGAGCAGGAGACUCUACUGCUGCUAGAGGCCCUGGAGAUGUACAAAGACGACUGGAACAAAGUGUCGGAGCAUGUCGGUUCACGCACCCAGGACGAGUGUAUCCUGCACUUCCUGCGGCUGCCCAUCGAGGAUCCGUACCUGGAGAACAAUGAGGCCUCUCUGGGCCCUCUGGCCUACCAGCCCAUACCCUUCAGCCAGUCUGGAAACCCCGUCAUGAGCACAGUAGCCUUCCUGGCCUCUGUGGUCGACCCCAGGGUGGCGUCUGCUGCUGCCAAGGCAGCUCUAGAGGAGUUUUCCCGUGUGCGUGAGGAGGUGCCGGCUGAGCUGGUGGAGGCUCAUGUGAAGAAGGUGCAGGAGGCGGCUCGGAGCACAGGGAAGGUGGACCCCGCCUUCGGCCUGGAGAGCAGUGGCAUCGCUGGCACCGCCCCCGAGGAGCCGGAAAAGACUGAAACCACAGAGCCAGAAAAGAUGGACACUGACACAGACUCCCAGCAGGCCGAUAAGGCGGAGUUGAAGGACGAGGCAGAGAAGCCCAGUGAGUCUGCAGAAAAGAGUGACAAGACCGAGGCAACAGAAAAGGUGAAGAAGGAGGGAGCGGAGACAUCGGAGCGUGAGGAGGAGACGGAGGAAGCAGCGGAGGCAAAGACGUCUCCAGCAGACAAGGAGAAGGAGGAAGCGAUGGAGACAUCAUCCUCAGAGCAGGAGAAGGAUAAGGAGGAGAAGGCAGCUACAGAGGAGGGCGAGGACAAGAGGAAGAAGCUGGAGCAUGACAUUGGAGAGGGAAAUAUCGCCACGGCAGCCGCAGCUGCUCUGGCAUCUGCUGCCACAAAAGCCAAGCAUCUGGCAGCCGUGGAGGAGAGGAAGAUCAAGUCGCUGGUCGCUCUGCUGGUGGAGACCCAGAUGAAGAAGCUGGAGAUCAAGCUGAGGCACUUCGAGGAGCUCGAAACCAUCAUGGACCGAGAGAAAGAGGCCUUGGAGCUUCAGCGGCAGCAGCUGCUCACCGAGCGUCAGGCGUUCCACAUGGAGCAGCUCAAAUACGCCGAGAUGAAGGCGAGGCAGCAGAUGGAGCAGCAGGCUGCUGCCGCUGCCGCCGCCGCCGCUGCUGCGGCUGCCCAGGCCCAAGGACAGGGACAGGCCCCUGGAUCUGGACCCCACUCUGGGCCCCCUCAACCAGGCAUGCACCCAGGAGGACCCCCACCCCACCACGGAGGACCAACCCCACACCACGGAGCACCUCCUCCCCACCACGGAGGGCCACCACCCGGCGCUGCCAUGCACCCCGGCUACCCCCCAAUGGGUCACCACCCCAUGGCGCCUCACCACCCAGGACAGACAGGACCGAUGGGACCCAGCCAGCCGAUUCCUGGACGUAUGAUGCCCGGCCCGCCCUCUGCCGGCCCCCCUCCUGGCGGCAUGCCUCCCAUGAUGCCCCCACGCCACCCCGGAGCUCCCAACGGCAUGUACCCUGGUCCAGCACCUGCACAGCCUGAGGCCAUGCCUGUAGCUCCUGUGGGUCCUGCAGCGCCCCCGAGUGGACGAGUGGCUGACAACUAAGACCUACACACACACACACACACUCGCGCAGACACACACACACACACAAACAAACACAAACAAAAGCGCGCACACACACACAAAACUAACUCUGUCUUUGAAUCUCGGCCCCCUCUUUGAUGGCCUUUGCUACUGGCUCGAUAUUUUGUCCUCAACAGUCAAAACGACCAUAAACUUCAUCACAGGACACACACACAAACACACACUCGCACACACUCAGGGUUCAGUGGCAAGGGUAACCCAAUUUUUCACACACACACAUCCAGACUUCCUCUCAGGGCACAGCGGCAAGGGUCGUGUAGUAAUAAACACUGUUUUCUGCUCUGUUGGGCCACAUGGAGGCUGGAGAGAAUGAGACUGUACAGAAAACAAAACAAAGAGACAGAACAGAUAGAAAAAACCUCAGUCUGUCUCAACCUUUUCUCUUUCUAAUGCUGUUUUAAAUGACACUGUAACCCCCACCCGUCUCUCUUAAACACACACACACACACACACACACACACACACACACACCUCUUCUUGUCUGGUACCUCUUUCUCCAAGCCAAACACUAGGGGGAGCUAGUGAGACCAGACGGCCAGUUAGAUGUGCAGGGGGGUGUGUGUGUGCGUGUGUGUGCGUGUGUGUGUGCGCUCUGAGCAACCUGAGCUGUAACACACAAACGCAGCUGAUUCAGAAAAUAAUAUAAAUAAAACACACACACACACACACACACACACACACAGAAGGGGGGGGGACUUAGCCUGCCCUCGCUCUUGUCUUGUGGAGUAUCUACCUCUCGUUCCUCUCUAAACGAUACACUGUAGUUCUUUGCGUGUGUGUGUGUGUGUCUUUGUCUGUGAAUGUGUGUGUGCUGAAGAUAGAGGUGUGUUUGAUGGUGGUUGACUCGUCCGCCUCCUCUGACCACGUUUUGUAUCUCAUGUAAGUUAUUAAUGAUUAAGUUGAGGUACAGAAAUGUGAUGAUCUUGAAGAUCAAAAAAAAAAAAAAAAGUUACAAAUUGGACAAACAAGCGAAACUCGACACGUUGAUGUCGGUUGAGGACUUUUCUGGCUUGUGGAUAGAAAAAAUGAGAACUAAAAGUCGUUUUCUAAUAUAAUUCAUCUCUGUCUCAACUGCUUCAGCCGAACAAAGAUGGCAUCUGCAAAAACUGCUACUUACUCAACUGGCUGCCAUCUUUGAUUUAAAGGACGAGGGUUCACGUUGUGAAAUGGGUUUAAAUAGUUUGACUGUUUGAUUGUCUGAAGACGAUCUUCCAAAGUGCAUCAGGUUUUGUCUAAUUGUUGACAGAAACUGGCUUUUUUUUUUUUGUCUUAAUGAAUUCAAAGCAUAAGCCUGGCUUUAUUCUAUAUUUUUAAAUCUUUAGAAACGGCUCAUAAAUGUAAUUUCAUCGUUUAAAAAAAAGCUAAAUCAUUUCCUGAAGUCAGCUGAGAACUGAACUUUUGGCAAACAUCAUUCAGUCGGUAAGAAAUGGUGCAUGUUGUUGGGACUAUUUUCAGACGAGGAUUAAUAUACGUCUUGUGCUCCAGUGAGUAUUUCUGACAGCAGGAUCGACUGGAGCUUUAAUACGUUAAAAGCAUUAAUGCAGAAGUCUCAGAUCUGAUGACAUGAGCGUUCACGGGUCUCGGUUAAAGCGUCAGAGGAAGGUCAGACAGAUAAACACACCAUCAUUCACACCUUCUGUCACACUGACCACAACACUGUAACACACACACACACACACACACACAGAGAAACGUAAGCUAAGCUGAGGCUCACACUGGAGGCUGCGUGCACACACCGACUUGGCCAGACCCUGCCACAAAGCACUGGACAACCACACACACACACACACACUCACAUUUAAACACACACAUACAUAUAAUCUCCUGCUGACCUUCACACAGCCUUUACAGAGAGGGAGACGCUGUGAUGCGGCUCGACUGAAACAUCGGAACACGAACGACGCUCUUCCUCAGCGCGGUGGGCUUGUAGAUGUUUUUAGGUGCUGAUACUGUAGCGAAUAAACCCCCCCCCACCCCACCCCACCCCUACGCCUCUGCUCAAAUUUCUCCUAACGCCUAGUGCUGCCUACCUCGCUAACCCCACCUCACACACGCCUCUCCACGCACUGACGUCUUUUGCUUUUUAGCCACGUAAAACUUAGCAAUAUCCUCAUUCCUGUGUAUCAACCUGUUUGUGGUCUGUACACUGAAAAAUACUGGGCUACCAACGAGAAGCAAUUAUGAUUUCACAGUUUAGUCCUUCGUCCUGUGAUGUUGAAGUAAAUAAAAACGUACGCAAACAAGGGAAACAACCACUGAGCUGAAAUUAGUAAAUCGAUUUAGAAAGUUAAUCUGGAACUAUUUUAGUAAUUAUGACUUUUAGUCGUUUCUUGGGGGAAAGAUGCCGAUCAGUCUCUGGUUCUAACGUCUCAAAUGUGAAUGUUUGCUGGUUUUCUUUGUCUUAUGAAAUAGCGAAGUCAAUGUCUUGUGUGUUUCGGACUGUUGGUCUGACAAAACGAGAUAUUUGAAGAUGUCAUCUUGGGCUGUAACAGCCACUUUUCACCGUUUCAAGAUAUUCCAUGAUUGAUCAAGAAAGAUUCAUGUAUAAUGAAACAAUCGUUGGUUGGUCGUCGUCAGCCUAAGAAUUGUUUAGCCAAUUAAAUGUCGUCUCGUCUUAAUUUCCAGGAAUCCAAAGUAACGUCUUGAAAACUUUAAUUUUGUUCAACAAACGGUUUUAAAACAAAGAGAAGCAGCAAAUCCUGAGAUUCAAAGAUGGAACCAGCAGAUAUUUGGGAUUUUUACCUGGUAAAUAAUUGAUCAUUUAGAUUUUCUGUCGACUAAUCGAUUAAUGAGCUUGACGGUUCAUUCUUGACCCCCGAAAAAACAGUCGAGGCUUAAUAAUCUCGCCUCAGGGUCCAUUUAGUAGCUGUUCUGGAGCUUUUGAUCAAGUGACACAGUCUUUCUUAGCAGAUGCAGCUCCAGAUAAAACUGCUGAGGAAGACUGAGCGAUGCAGUCGAAAGCUCCAGAACAGCCACUAAAGGACCCGGUGACAUGAUUGUUUUGCCAACUAAGCGGUUAAUGUUUUCAGCUCUACAUAAAUAUAUAUAUUAAAAACACAAACAUUGCUUUUUAUAUUUGUAACUCAGUUCCCUCCAACAUGUGACUUGAAUUAGCUUCAUACAUUUACCGUUGAUUUAGUUUAAGAUGCACGUUGACGCCAAAUAGAGAAACUAUUCUGACAAUAAAAAGAUUAUUUCUUCUUGAUACUAAAGUAACAUCGUCUUGCACCUUUUCCACAGUCGACACACAGUUUAAUAAAAACCGCAAAUGAGGUUGUUUUGAUGUGAAGUCUGAACCCAAACCACUCCUGCCUCCGCACCCUUCGCUAGCACUGUUAGUAUCUCUGCUACCUCUUCCUCGUUCAUCCGCUAGCUACCUCUUCUUCUAGAAAUCUUCCUCUCGCUAUCUGCUACCUCUCUGCGCACCCCUUCGCUACCUCUCGUUCCUUUCUUUUCGUCUCCUCUUUUCUUUUCUUUUUUUUUUUCCUUCCCGCCCACAUGACUGCUGCGUCACCGACUGUCGCCCCUCAUCUCUCCGUCUGUCAGAAGAAAGAAAAACACACCAACACACGUACGGUCGUUGACUCUCACUCUCAUUCACCGCGCCCUCCUGUCCCACAUGCAACAUCUUACCAGGCUUUGUUAUGUAAUAUCACUUAAAUAUGACGGGAAUCCCCUUACAUAUAUAUCUUUAAUCGAUACUUUUUUGUGUUCAUGGUAAUGUAUUUUUAAGAAGAAGUUUUGUGUAGAUGGAAGUUAUGUUAUUUGGAAGUUUGUAGCAUUUGUUUUUCCUUUUUUUUUUUCUUUUUUUUUUUUUUUUUUAUUUUGUAUGGGGUCUGUUGGUACUUGGACCUAGACACUGUCGAAUAAACUGUGUUUUGUAUGAG